AUGGGGCCGUGGCAGCGUUUGUUGCUUUUUGGUGGUUUAUCACUUCAGCGCGGUGGCAGGACCACUGCCUCACUCGGUGGAAGCCGAGCAUUGAUUUGUCGACGCCAGUUAUCUGGUGUUGAUAGUGAGACCCUAACACAAAGAAGAACACAGAUCAUGUCAAGAGGACUUCCAAAGCAGAAACCAAUAGAAGGUGUUAGCCAAAUUAUAGUGGUGGCUUCUGGAAAGGGCGGAGUUGGAAAAUCUACCACAGCAGUGAACCUUGCACUUGCACUAGCAGCAAAUGAUUCGUCAAAGGCUGUUGGUUUGUUAGAUGUGGAUGUGUAUGGCCCUUCAAUUCCAAAGAUGAUGAAUCUGAAAGGAAAUCCAGAAUUAUCCCAGAGCAAUCUAAUGAAGCCUCUUUUGAAUUAUGGUAUCGCUUGUAUGUCAAUGGGUUUCCUGGUUGAAGAGACUGCACCUAUUGUUUGGAGAGGCCUGCUAGUAAUGUCAGCCAUUCAGAAACUUUUGAGGCAGGUAGACUGGGGUCAGCUGGAUUAUUUAGUUGUUGAUAUGCCACCAGGAACUGGAGAUGUGCAGUUGUCAGUCUCUCAGAAUAUUCCCAUUACAGGUGCUGUGAUUGUCUCAACACCCCAGGACAUUGCACUUCUGGAUGCACACAAAGGUGCUGAGAUGUUUCGAAAAGUCCAUGUGCCAGUUCUGGGCCUUCUCCAAAACAUGAGUGUUUUUCAGUGUCCAAAAUGUAAACACAAAACUCACAUUUUUGGUGCUGAUGGUGCAAGAAAAUUAGCAAGGAACCUUGACCUUGAUGUUCUAGGAGACAUUCCCUUACACCCUAACAUAAGGGAAGCUUCAGACACAGGCCAGCCGAUUGUAGUUUCACAGCCCGAGAGUGAUGCGGCUAAAGCUUACUUGAAGAUUGCUGAAGAAGUGGUGAGAAGAUUGCCUCCUCUUCCAGAAUGAAUCUUCAGGUGUCCUGGAAAUUUGCCCUGA